ACCGUCGAUUCUGGGGGCUGUGGAAGCUGUCAGGAAAUUCCCCUGCUCAUUAAACACCGACCAGCCUCCUGGGCGGCAUUAAAUGAUGUCUAUUAAUUGUCAACGGGGUAACAAAGAAAAUUAAUACAAAUACAACGAUGCACUGAUGACGCACAAUCAUUUACAUUCGUCAGUUUUUUCAUUUGCAACCCCCCGCGGGAUAAGUACAUUAGGGUUAUUUGGUGGAGUGGACGCUCAUGACAUUUGACAAGGAUCACAUUUGUUCAAUUGUCAUAACACUUCACGAUAACGAUCCAGAACUUAUUCCGGAGAGACAAAGCUUUUCCCACAACGAACACAUCGUGUAAAUCAUCUCGGUCGCUUGAUUCUGGAAUCCUGGGGUUAUUAAAUACGAGAUUACAAUUGUGCGAAGGUUAGGAUAAAGGAACGUAAAUAUUACAUCAUGGGUUUGUAAAAAAAUACCACUUCAAUGGCAGUAUUGAUGGGAAUUAACGUACUGGAGCCUCAAUUGGCUCUCGUAUGGAAUUGACACGUUUUUUGUCACACGAGAACGUCGUCUUGGGGGUUUUCGAAAGAUGAUUCGUCACCUGGACUACCAAAUGGCUUUGGAAGACAGUGCCAACAUCUCAGGAAGGCUGCAGCAAGUACGAUUACUACCAAAUGACACUCAAGGAGGCCCAGCUGAGAGGGUCGCGACUUCUUCCCCGCAAAACAUGCAGAACAUCGGAAACAUUACGUUUUCAAAUGCCAGAAGAGCUGUGACAUUCUCUCUGGAUGAGGAGCAGUCACUGGGGAUAUUGAAUCGCCCCAGUGAGCCAUCAACAUCCUCUCGUAAUCAUCUUCCCAGUAAUUCAGCGAAUGCCCUUCACGUGGAGGCGAGAUCUUCCGGUGAAAAUUCCCAGGACGAACAGGCUCAGCCUCGAGCCCCACCCCAAGAUCAUGACCCACACAUGCCAUCGUCCCAAUUGUACAAUUGGCAGGGAACCAAGACCACCAUGAAAGAGAGAUUCGCUUUCUUAUUCAAUAACGAAAUCCUCUCGGACGUGAGAUUUCUGGUCGGCAGGGGGGCCCAACAGCAACGAAUUCCCGCCCACAAGCUGGUUCUGUCAGCGGGAAGUGCUGUCUUCGAUGCAAUGUUCAAUGGAACUCUGGCCACAGCCUCAGCGGAGGUCGAAGUGCCCGACGUCGAGCCCGCGGCUUUCCUUGCUGUCCUGUUAUUCCUGUAUACUGAUGAAAUACAGAUAGACCCAGAAACCGUCAUGACUACUCUCUACACCGCCAAGAAGUACGCGGUCUCUCCGUUGGAAAAGCACUGCGUCGAUUUUUUGAGAAGCCACUUAACGAGUGAUAACGCAUUUCUGCUCCUGACCCAGGCUAGACUCUUUGAUGAGCCACAACUGGCGUCUGUGUGCCUCGAUACUAUCGAUAAAUUCACUAAGGAUGCCCUCAAUGCUGAUGGAUUUGCUGAUAUUGAUAUCGAUACGCUUAUGGUGGUCUUGGGGAGGGACACCCUGAAGAUUCGGGAGUCCAAGAUUUUUCAGGCUGUCGUCAGAUGGUCCGAGGCUGAGUGUCAAAGGCAACAGCUGCCAGUGACGCCUGAAAACCAAAGAUCAGUCUUGGGAAGGGCCCUCUCCCUCGUUCGCUUUCCCUUGAUGUCAGUCGAAGAAUUUGCACUGGGUCCAGCUCAAUGUGGACUCCUGACAGAUCGCGAAGUUGUCUCGCUGUUCCUGUAUUUCACGGUGAAUCCAAAGCCGUCAGUGGGCUUCGAGGCGAUGCCCAGAUGCCGAAUGAUGGGGAAAGAGCUGACAGUUUGCAGAUUUCAACAGACCAAUGUCAGAUGGGGAUACAGUGGCACCAACGAUCGCAUUCGAUUCUGCACGGACAGACGGAUAUUCCUGGUUGGCUAUGGGGUCUAUGGAAGUGUUUACGACCCAGCCGAGUACGAAGUCCUCAUCGAACUAAUACACACUGCAUCUGGAAAAGUUAUAGCGACUAAUUCCACAAACUUCAGCUGCGAUGGCUCCAGCUAUACGUAUCGGUUGAUGUUUAAAGAGCCGAUGGAAAUCAUCCCUAACACUAUCUACACAGCUUCCGCCACGUUCAAGGGACCUGACUCCUAUUAUGGAACGAAGGGGAUGAGAUCUAUCACUGUUGAUUGCGAUUCUGAUAAGGGAAAAGUGAAAUUUCAGUUCAGCUUUGCCGCUGGCGAUAACAAUGGCACUACUAUUGAAGACGGACAAAUUCCAGAACUUAUAUUUUACACAUGAUUAUUCCGUGAAUAUGUAUACGCUUUACGAAUUGAAUAUCUUAAUGUAAUGAAUAAAUGAAAUUCCCUCGAAACUCGUCUCUGUGGAUUUUUUAUAAACCUUGAUUAUGGCUCGAUAAAGAAUAAUUCCUGAAGAAGGGGAGUUAGAGGAGGGUAAUAUUUUCGUCGCAUGGUAAUGAAUGACACACUUCAGAUUCCAAAAAUACGAAAAUAUAUUUAUUGAUUUGCGAAAUAAAAUAAUCUGGAAAAGUCCAUGAGACUCUCUUUUGGAACAUUUUUCAAUGCAAAAAAAGCGUAAUAUCGUGGGAACACCUUCAACGAGUUGCUAAAUAAAUAUUGACUUUCAAUUACAUUAUAGUAAUGGACAAUUGUAUUAUUUAACUAGCGUAAAUAAUGUACUGAGUUUUAGCAAUAAUAUCUGGCGUUGUAGCACUGCAAACAAUAUUGUACUCAAUUUAGUCAGUCCUGCAAGACGAAUGAAUAUCAAUUUCUCUAUUAUUUCAAACUAAUUGUAUCAUUUCAAUCUAGGAAACUACUAUUACAUCGUCCAACCCCCAGGGUAAAAAACUCCUCACGUAGUUCUCAUGGAAUCUACAAUCUCCAAACUAAUAUGCUAAUUACAUACAUGAAUACAUGAAUUUCAUAUACAAAACGUUAACAGUAAAAACUGGCCACGGUGAAUUAAUCGCACUGAAUCGCAUUAAAAUUAUCUUAACUACUGUCCAUCUUCACAUUUCGAAGCAGAAUGAAGAGCUGUUCAUUCCAUGUCAUGUAGUACUCGUAGAAUGAAACAAAAUAAUCGUAAAUUACAUCCUUCUCGACCUCAGUCCUGUCGCUUUUUUUUUCUUCGGCUUGGGGAAGAC